GGCGGGAAAAUCUGUCCCUUAAAUCUCCCAAUUCUGACUCCAAAACCUUGUUAAGAACCCUCAAGAAAUGUCCCAAAUUGAAACCCUAGGAAUUCUCGAGGAGAUCCAAGCUCUCGUCUCCGAUAAACUUCAAGUAGUAUCCUACAAGUGGUUGAGUCGUAAUUUUUUAGUCUCAUCCAAUGUUGCAAAGAGAUUGCUUGCAGAGUUUGUUGAGAAACAUGGAAGUGGCUUAGAAGUUGUAUAUAGUUUGUCUGGCUGGUUGAAGAACUCUCCAUCAAAUUAUCAUAUUCAGCUCGUGACAGGGCCUAAACUUUCAGAAGCCAAGCAAGUAUAUGAUGGCAAUUGCAGAGUUCAUGUGUAUAGUGUGCAAGCUUGCAUCCCAAAGGACCUGGCUGCACUUUGGAAUACUGAAUUUAUACAAGCUGAAGAGCUCUUCAAGCAGCCCACCUCAGUGGAUAAUUGCUUGAGAGAUAACAGAUUCUGUGGGAUUUCAAAUUCAUUUGUCAAGCGCAAUGUCGAUGGAACUCCUGCGAAGGUUGCAACUGCACAGCCAAAUAGUGUGGGAAUCUCAGGACUGUUCAUACAUAAUUCUGCUCAAUUCAGUGCACCUUUACCAUCUCAACAAAAUAAGGUUCAGCAAUCAAGCUCAAAAGUUGCCCAGAAGCCUCCCAUUGUGGUAAAAGGUAUCAAAAGCGACAGUAUUAGUGGUGGAGUCCAUGAUUUGGCCACCAAGCCUUCUGCUGAUAAAGAAAAAAAUACUUCCUUUCCUUCUAAUAAAAAGAAAGGCCAGAAUGAUAAAGGCUCCACUGGAAAUGGAGGUUCAUUAGCAAAUUUCUGGGAUCGUGCAUCUGCGAAACCAAAAACCUGUUCUGCGCCAGCAGAUAAUAUUGAUUCCAUCCAAAAUUCUAAUGAUGCACAAAUUUCUGCUUGUGAAGCAGUAGAACAUGAGAACAGUGACAUUGAUGCUCAAGAAGUUAAUUUUGGGAGAGCUUCUAAUAGUGAAGGCAAUAGGAAACGGAGGGUAGUUUUGGAUUUAUCAGAUGAAGAUGAGUAUGAAGAUGCUGUCAAUCUAGCUUCACCUGAUCCCCCUAAAAGGAAAUCAUUUUUAGGUUCAAUACAAAAUUCUAAAACUUCAGUUCCAGAGAGGCCCGAUGUAGACAAACCAGACAAAGAUGAAGUAACAGUUAAGGAAGAGAGAACUGCUAAUAGAGAACCCAAUAGAUCACUGGGGGAAGAAACUUCACUUGGCAGCAAAAGCACAAAUGGUAAGAAUUCCUCUUCGGUCAAGCUUGAAAGCCAGCUUCCUGAAACUGAUUUAAAGAAGGAUAAAGUGACUGAUGCCUCACCAAAUUCACCUAAAAGGAGGAAAGUGUUGAAGACACGUAUUGAUGACCGUGGAAGAGAAGUUACUGAGGUAGUUUGGGAAGGUGAGGAGACAGAGGUGAAGAAAGUUGAAAGUGACGUGCCGAAGAAAGCUGGAAGUGGAGCAACCAAUGCUACCACCAAUACUGUCGCAAAUACUAAUAGCCGGCCUGCUGUAGCCAAAAGGCCCCCUGCAGUUGGAACCACUGCACCAUCUAAUCCGGGAGUUAAAACGGGAAACAAGAAAGCUGGAAAUGCAAAGGAUCCUAAGCAAGGAAACAUUCUAUCUUUCUUCAAAAAGGUCUGAUCAGUGAUAUCAAGCGCUUUUUGCUUUUUCCUUCCCUUUCUAUAUGAACUUGCGGUAGUGAAAAGUUGCUUUAACAGACAUCGAUAGAUGUUCAUGUACAUUUCCCCAGAUAAUUAUGAAUGAAUUCUACGAAUAGCUUCAGAAGUGGUAA